UGAUAACUGGUGAACUCCCAGUUCCUUUUUAGAAUAGUUUUGGCCAAACAUUACCGGUAAAUCUAAGAGUGAGCAUGUGAAUAAAAUACAUCUUGAAGGACUUUUGUUUUGACCAAACAGAGUUCAAUUUUAGAAAAACAUCUGAUGACAUGGGCAAAAGGAGCUUCCUGUCAUCUGUACAAUAAAAAUCUCUGCAGAUUGUGAUCAAUCAUUGCAGCACCAUUAUAUGAACGCAUCAAAGUGACACUCGCUUCUGCUCAACUCCAGGAGGGACCGUUAUCAGAAUGGAUCCGAUGGAGAUCGAUGACAGUGUACAUAUGAGGAAGAGCCUCACCAAAGAUGGCCUUGUCACCAAAGUUGAUCUUCAAGGAAGAAAGCCUCCCUCUAGAAGUGCCUCUGUGUGUCUCGGAUUAAUGUGCACACUCCUUUUUGCUGCAAACAUGGGACAGUUUCUCUACUAUUACAUGUUCAUCGGUCCCAUGUCAGAAGACCGGAUUCAGACUGCUAACAGCUCUGGAGAACAGUUAGAGGCCGCAUUGACAAAAGUCAAAGAGCAGCUGCAGCAAAGCUACAAGACAUUAAAACAAGAGAAAGAUCAGCUACAGACUAACUACACAAAUUUGACUCAGAGUAAAAAUAAACUUGAGAACAGAUACCAAUCACUGUCCAAGGACAAAGAUGCUUUGCAACUCUGUUGUAAUACUACGCAGAGGGACAAGGAUCAGCUACAAACAAACUGUAACAGUGUUCAGAGCAAUCUCAACAACCUGCAGAGAGAAAAGAAUGACUUACAGACUCAGUUUAACACCAUGAGAACAAACAGAGAUCAGUUACAGAGGAGUAAUGCUGCACUGAAGAGUGAAAAGGACCAGUUGCAAAGCCAGUACAAUACUCUGCAGAGGGAGAAAGAUCAGCUGAGGAGUGAUUACACUAGUUUGGGAACUGUUAAAGAUCAGCUAGAGAAGAAGGUUGAAAAAGUAAGAGUUGACCUGACUAAAGAGAAAGACCAACUGCAGCAAAGCUACAACACCAUAAAACAAGAGAAAGAUCAGCUACAAACAAACUGUAACAGUGUUCAGAGCAAUCUCAACAACCUGCAGAGAGAAAAGAAUGACUUACAGACUCAGUGUAACACCAUGAGAACAAACAGAGAUCAGUUACAGAGGAGUAAUGCUGCACUGAAGAGUGGAAAAGACCAGUUGCAAAGCCAGUACAAUACUCUGCAGGGGGAGAAAGAUCAGCUACAAACAAACUAUAACAGUGUUCAGAGGAAUCUCAACAACCUGCAGAGAGAAAAGAAUGACUUACAGACUCAGUGUAACACCAUGAGAACAAACAGAGAUCAGUUACAGAGGAGUAAUGCUGCACUGAAGAGUGAAAAGGACCAGUUGCAAAGAAGCAAAGACAGCUUGCAAAGCCAAUUUAAUACUCUGCAGAGGGAGAAAGAUCAGCUGAGGACCAACUACAACAAUUUGACUGAAGUUAGAGAUCAGUUACAGCAGAGAGUCAUUGCACUAGCCAAACCUUGUCAAGGAUGCUGGCUAAAGUUUGGUAGCAGUAGUUUCUAUGUUUCAACUCAAAGACGUUCCUGGUCUUCAAGCAGAGACUUCUGCAUCUCCAAAGGAGGUCGUCUGGCAAUCUUAAACAACAGGAAUAAAAUGACGUUUAUCAACGGGUUGAUGGGACCAGGUUCACAAGCCUGGAUCGGUCUGACUGACAGUGCUAGUGAAGGGACCUGGAAGUGGGUGGAUGGGUCCAGAGUCACAGCUACAUUCUGGGGUGAAGGGCAGCCCAACAACUUCAAAGAACAGGACUGUGGACAAUUUAUGUACGGUGGACAAAUUGGAGAGUGGAAUGAUUUUGAUUGUUCUUUUAUUCAUGUGUUUGUGUGUGAAAAAAACAUGUAAUACACAGUUAAGCUGUUCUGUAUUUACACAUCUCUGAUAUAAACAUCACAUUCUAGAUUACAGAUGUAAAAAAUUGUAUGUGUUUACUUUCUUGAGUCAAAACAAGGAAAUCUGAUUCAAUCUUGAUGCAGUGAUCUGUUAUAAAUCUCAAAUAUUGUACAUUUUGUUGAUGAGUGCUGCUUGAUGAUACAGAAUCAGAUUUUGCAUUCAUUGUCUGAUACUGGACUAUGCUGUGGCCUUUGGUAAAGCUUUAAUGGGCAAAUUGCCUUCUUUUUAAUGAAACUGAAUACACGUCAAUUAAUGUGUGUAUUAAAACCUGUGAAACUGUUAAACUGGUACAACAAAAUGUCUGUUAUCUUUCAAUAAAAAGAGUCAUUUCUUA